UACAUCGGCUCUUGAUAGAGUAUAGAGUAGAGUAGAGAGAGUCACACGGAUGUGUUCUGUGAUGUGUUUGCCCACAAUAACAACAGUUCAACAAAUUCAAAGUUCUCUUUCCUAGUAUAAGGUUCCGUACAUUUCUGUGUAAAGGUUCAACAAUUUGUUUGUUUUCAACGUUGUCAUCUACCCACUCGGCUCCAAAGUAGAAUCUUAUCAGUAUGGCAACUGGUGCAAUCUUAUAUGAGCUGCCAAUGGAAGUUGCAAAUAUCUGCCGCUGUUAUAUUUGCCAAGCAUAUUUAUCAUGUGGACCAGUUAAGAUAGAGAAUGGGAACUCUAUUUGCGGACGAUGCGAAGCAAGUAGCACAGCUGUAGUCCACGUUACUUUUGAAAAUAUAAUGGCAAACUUCACAUUCCCGUGUCGGUAUGAUUCGCUAGGCUGCAAAGAGAGGUUGUUAUUUAACACCAGCAUGGCACAUGAAGUGAAAUGUCCGCAUCGUACCGUGCCGUGUCCUGCACUGUUACACAAUGAUUGUAAUUUAAAUGUUCCUAUUUCUGUUUUACAUUCCCACUUUGUCAAAUUUCAUAGCGAUCUGAUUACCAAGGAUGGCACAUUUAAAAUAAACCUGGAUGAAGAUAAGCAUUGUAAUUUAAUAAUGAUGGUGGAUAAUGUAAUUGUAGUUAUAAAAUACCGUUAUGAUUCUGUUAUAAAAUGUUUACAUUUAGAAGUGGCAUCAGCCUUAGUAACGGAAGAGCUAAUCUAUUACAAGACGCAAAUUGUCGGUGACUUGGCCGAAGGUAUGAACUUUCACUUGAAUUUUUCAGAGAAACAGUGUACAGCCUAUGAAACUCACACUGUUAGUAAUACAAACUCUGUGCAAAUUGAAAUUGAAAAAUAUUUAACACUCUUGUCUAAUCCGUCUUCAGUAACUUUCAAAAUAUUUUCAGUUACUGCUGUCAAAUCCAAAGUUUCAAGCAGUAAAAAUGAAAUUGUUGUAUCAAGCUCUUUUGUACGUCAUUUAGGGGAAGAAUUUGAAAAAGAAAGUUCAAGCUUGUUGGGUGAUCUGAGGGAGAAUAUUUGCAUUAUAUGUAAGAAGUUAUCAUUUCCCAUCUAUUACUCCACAAAUCAGCCGCUUGAAAAGUAUUGUAAAAAAUGUCGCACACAACAUGAUGGUACUUAUGUACAGUACUCAAACCCACAGUACAACCAAAACUGUGUAUAUCCCUGUAUUUUUAAAGGAUGCUCCUAUUCUUGUAUUGCUACGGAUUUAGAUAAACAUGUUGAAAUAUGUGAAUGUAGAACAUACUUAUGUCCAGUUGGGGGAUGCAAUGACCUUUUUAGAUUUAAUGAAAUUCACAAAAACAUACAACAUCUUAAGGACCAUGCAACAUAUUUUCCAAAUCCAGGAGAAAUUACGAUCGACCUGUACGAUAUAAAACCAGUAACAAAAAUGUAUUUUACUAACAUAGGAAACAUACUUGUCUUGCUUAAAUCAAAAGUAUCGAAUGAUGAUUCAUGGAUUUUAACUUCCGAUUUGCCGGCUGGAGUUACCUUGAAUAUCUUCUUUACACACGGUCAUUGUAGACUUUCUACUAAACCGAUGAAAUUUGAUGGUACCAAAGAACUUUGGCUCACAAAAUCUCAAAUAAGUCCUCUGCCUUGUUAUGCAGAAUUUUUUCGUUUAACUGCAGUCAUAAGUAUUGAGAAAAAAGUUUAAAAUAUCUGCUUGAUUUAGGAACAUGAUUUAUUCAAAACUGUAUUUGUGUUGUAUGCAAUUUAUGCUGUUUAUUGUUGUCAGAAUAUUUGUAUGAAUUUUCAAUGUCAAUAUAUGCUUUUAACAACUCUA